GCCCCUCGUCCGUCGAUCAUGACUCUUGGGUUGCCGAACUCACACAGGCCACCCAGCACGAAUCAGCUGGCAAUCCUCUGCUGCCUGAUGCCAACGAGGCUUCCCAGCAACUGCAGCGUGCAAUCGUUUUCGAGCGUGAUCUUGGGACCCUCUUUCAUUCCUCGGGUAUGAUGAGUAAACAAAGCUACGGACGACCUCAACCUGGCAACGGCACAUAUGAGUGUCGACUGGACUACGGCACCUUUGAGAUCGAUGCUCCCCGUAUUGGCCACUUUACCAAUGCACCAUGUCCGGCUUUGGUCACACACGCACGAAAGUAUACACAAGACAGAGUCAGCGUUGUGCAGGGCAAGUGGGCCUUCAAGGCUGGUCGGACAACAGGUCCGACUAUCGGACGGCAACAUGGCCUUGGCGUCUGCGUCCGCAUGUGGGAGAAGGAUAGAGUCCAGACCGAAACAACAGAAUUUCCAAUCCUAUCUUCUGAUGGUACGUCUGGCCCCUUGGGUCACUUUUCCCGCCCAGGUGAUUCUGGGUCGUUGAUCUACGACCAAGAGGGUCGUCCUUUGGGUUGGGACUUCUCUGGGGCGGCAUGGACCAGCGUCAUCAGUCAGGCGACCCAGAUGGUUGGCGUAUCGAGUUGCCGCACAGUGCGCAAGGCAUUGAUCUCGAUGGUAUGUGCUUUUAUACACCAAUCGGCGCAGUUAUCGACAGCUUCUUGUCCGAUCUGAACAGCAUGUAUGGUAAGGGGAACUUUCAGCUGUUCUGGGGUAAUGCGGAUAAGGAGUUGAGUUUGGGAGGCUCGAUUCAGUGAUGCCAGGUAUGAGAAGAUAGAUUAGACAUACCUAAUAUAUUAUAGUAUGACGCGGCAGAUAAGU